UUGACGUGUACUUCCAUUUUGUGUAUACUAUAUACUUUCUUGGUGGUGAAGUUGUUAAACUGGGGUUUUGAUUAUUCGGCCACUGGACAGCGCUCUAGUCUUUCUCUGUCCUAGUCCUACAUUAUACACAUAUAUAUUUACUGGGAUGGACCUUAAUAUGACAAAUCUUUGGCUUCAUGGGAAGGAACAUAUAGCCGCUUCAUUCUCUCAAGCUGAACAGAGCUCAGAAGCAGUCGAGACUUCUAGAAAAUCAUUUGGGCAGAGGAGUCGAAGUUCCCCUGUUCCUGAUGAUGACUGCAGGCUGGUCCUAGGACUUGGACCAAUGCCAAAUCUGUAUUCCGCUGAUAGCCAAUCAUCCGGUGGCAACAAAGUUAAAUUAUCUGGAAUUUUGUUCACCCAACAUUGUACUGCAAGUGAUCCUGGGUUACUGGUGGGGACUUCAAGAGGCAGCUCAAGAAAUUUGCAGUCCACAACACUGCCUGGCCGCAAGGAGCAUUCACACAAAAGAAAAAAUGGUGUUGUCUUCCCACAUAUUGGCGAGGGAUCAACUUCAGCCAAAAGGAAGUCAGGUGAUUAUCAGCUAUCACCUCUGUUUGCUCCAAGAUCAGAUGUUCUUUUUAUUGAUAGAACAAUGGCAGAGCCUGAUGUCCAGCAACACCUUGGAACCGGAUAUGAGGCCGAUCAUGAUUUAUCUCUUGAUCAGCACGGGGUUGAGCACAGCCCCGAGCCCUCUGCAACAACUGGCUGUUCUUUUGCUGCAACUUCAGAUACAAUAGAUAGCACUGAUAAUGGGGAGCAGAAAAGUCAUCAGCGCCAUCUCAAGAAGUGUCGGUUCAAUGGGUGUUCCAAGGGCGGAAGGGGUGCAUCAGGACUCUGCAUUUCCCAUGGCGGCGGUCACCGGUGCCAAAAGCCAGGUUGCAAUAAAGGGGCCGAGAGCCGAACGGCGUACUGCAAAUCGCACGGAGGAGGAAAGCGGUGCCAAGAGCUAGGCUGCACCAAAAGCGCCGAAGGGAAGACAGAGUUCUGCAUCGCUCACGGCGGUGGGCACCGGUGCGGGGUUCCGGAGUGCUCCAAAGCAGCCCGGGGAAGAUCGGGACUUUGCAUAAAACACGGCGGAGGGAAGAGGUGCAUGACGGAGGGCUGCACCAGGAGCGCCGAAGGGUAUCCUGGGGUGUGCAUCGUGCACGGAGGUGGUCGCCGGUGCCAGUACCCGGACUGCAGCAAGGGAGCACAGGGAGGCACCCUGUUCUGCAAGUCCCAUGGUGGGGGCAAACGGUGCGUAUCUGAAGGUUGCACCAAAGGGGCCGAGGGCAGCACGUUGCUAUGCAAAGGGCAUGGCGGCGGAAAGAGGUGCCUCUUCGAGGGAGACGCGGCGUGUCCUAAGAGUGUUCACGGCGGGACCAGCUUCUGCGUGGUGCAUGGAGGAGGCAAAAGGUGUGUGGCACCAGGGUGCACCAAGAGCGCUCGCGGUCGCACUGACUGCUGCGUGAGGCAUGGCGGUGGCAAGCGCUGCAAAUCAGAUGGGUGCGACAAGAGCGCGCAGGGGAGCACGGACUUGUGCAAGGCGCACGGCGGGGGCAAGCGGUGCGCCUGGAGCGCCGGCUGUGACAAGUUUGCCAGGGGGAGGAGCGGCCUGUGCUCUGCUCAUGGAAACCUGACGGCCUCGAAGCAGACCGGAAGCAUGAUCGGGCAUGGCCUCUUCAGCGGGAUCGUCUCUUCUUCCUCGACGCCGGGCAGCGGCAUGGACCGAGUGAUCUCCUCUUCUCUCCCUGGCGCCUCGUCAGAUUGCUGCGGCGAGUCGUUGGAACUCAUGCAGAGUGGCAGGCUCAUACCGCCACAGCUGCUGGUUCCUGGCUCCCUGCAGAAACCAUCGUCUUCGUUUAACCUGCCGGGCAAUGGCCAAGAAGGAGGUGGUGGUAGCCGGGACCAGAGCUUCGGGUUCGUCGUGCCGGAGGGAAGGGUGCACGGCGGAGGGCUCAUGUCGAUGCUCCGAGCAGGACACCUGGGAAGCAACAUCAACAUCCCGGAAUCCUGAUGAAAAUGACACAUAUUCUGUGUGUGUGCCUUGUGCUUUUGCGCCCAGCAACCGUAUGAUGCUUUAGUGUACAGAGCUUCACUGUACUUGUUCGUCUAUGAACGAAAUUGCAUUAUCAUGAACUUGUAUUGGUA